GGACCAAGAAAUAAAAUGGCUGCCGACUCUCCGAGCAAAGUGCUGUGCGACCGAAACUAUGGUGUUACUUUGCAAUAUAAAACGUUAGAAUAUCUUGGAAAAAAGCUGUAAUUCUUAAGGGAAAUUCAUUUAUACGACAUUUUUCCUGUGUGUGUGAAGUAGUAUUUUAUAGGCCAAGUUCAAUUAUUGGCGUUAGAAAAUUCAAUAUCACACAAUUUACGAAAACGACAUGGCGGAUUGAUAAUCGACCAAUAGGAAGCCAGCAUCUAGCGUUUCAGAAUUGCAUGUAUCUACUCACAUUUCGCGUCAUUACUUUUGGUGCCUUCUUUCUUUAGAUAAAAAUGAAAUGCUUUUGCUGUUAUCAGUGAACUGAACGAGUUGUUAAUUUGUUGUGAAAAAACAGUGAAAAUUGUGUGUGAAAGCCGUGUGAUAUACAAUUUCCGUAUAGUGUCUCAAACGGCUGGGAUCAUGACUACGUUGGAUUUAGGUUGAACUAAAAUGCAUUUCCAUCGUUUUGUUUUUGUAAACAAGACUUGUGUUUUUGCUAUACACGUGCAAAUCGGUACAUAAUUGACAGUUGUUUACAAUAAUGUCGGGAAGGGGGGCAAAAAAACGCGGUAGGCCCCCAAAAGCGGGAACUUUUGAGAAAAAUAGGAAAUUUCAGUACCAUUUAUUGAAAAAACCAAAAUACUUACAAGCUCAAAAUGUUGGAUCCAGUUCUCUGGCGAGCACUCCUUCAGCAUCACGAGCUUCAUCUCCGCAAGGUAGCGAUGUGAGCAGACGAAGCACGCGGAAACAACGAGGAGGAAGAACGCAUAAAUCUAAAAGAGGAGGUUUGUCAAGUGCGUAUUCGCGAAGAGGGUAUAAUCCGCAUGCUGCCGAUUAUCACGAGUCUGAAUAUCAUUAUGGAUCCGAUUUUGGAGAUGAAUACAGUGAUAGGUCUGAACCUGAAGAAGACCGUGGAAGCGAGAGCUCCGACGGCAGCGUCGGAGACGGUGCCGCGAGCGACAGUGACUUCUCAGUAAGCAGCUACAGUACUACUGGAGGCACUCCUCGGAAGGUAACUAGUAAUGCACUUCGCCCUCCAAGUCCAGAUCCACUAUGGUUACAACAAGAAAGACAGAUACCUCCACUGGAUCUUCCCACUUCAUCUGAUGAUUUGCUUAUUCCUCAAAGUUUGGUCUUGCAAAUUGUGGGUAUAUAUGAAGUGUUACGCCACUUUAGACAUUUGGUCAGAUUGUCUCCAUUUCGCUUAGAAGACCUGUGUGCAGCUAUGACCUGUGAAGAUCAAAGCAAUUUGUUGAUUGAGGUACAUAUAAUGUUACUGAAGUCAUUGUUGAGAGAAGAAGAUGCUCAACAAACACAUUUCGGUCCACUGGAUCAUAAAGACAGUGUAAAUAUCACCUUGUUUCUUCUUGAUGUUAUGACUUGGCCUGAGGUCCUCAGGAUUUAUGUGGAAAGUGAUAAAUCAUUUGACCAGAAUGUGGUCUGCAUAUUGAACUCCUGUGAAUAUCCAUUCACAACAGUGGAAGAUAGAUUGGCUGUACUUCAAUUCUUGUGCAAUCAAUUUCUUAUCACAAACCCAGUACGAGACGAUCUUCUGAGUGAAGUUCCUAUACAUUAUGAUGAUCACUGCCGAGUAUGUCAUCGGUUGGGAGAUCUACUUUGUUGUGAAACUUGCCCUGCAGUCUACCAUCUGGAAUGUGUAGAUCCUCCUUUAGUGGAUGUCCCUUCUGAGGAUUGGCAGUGUGCUCUCUGUAAACAACAUAAAACUGUUGGUGUCACUGAUUGUCUUCCUGAUGCAGAAAAGCAAGGCUUACUCUGUCGUCAUGAACAUUUAGGUUUUGAUAGACAUGGGAGAAAGUAUUGGUUUAUAACUCGUCGUAUAUUUAUUGAAUCUGAAAAUGGAGAAGUCUGGUACUAUACCACUCCAACACAACUUGAAGAAUUACUGACAGUACUUGAUGCAGAUGAGAUGGAGGCUCCGCUGGUUCGUGAGCUUUUGGAAUUGAAACAAGAAAUUCUGAGGCAAAUGGAAAUUACAGAACGGUUGACUAACCAGGCCAAGGGAAAUCGUAAGUCGUAUUUGGAAGUUGAAAACACUAAUAUUAUAAAGCAAAGAAAAUUAAGAGAGGAACAGAAACAACAAGGCCCACACACUGGCUUGAAAUUAGAUGAUGAAAAAACUGGGAGUGAUUCAGCUUUAGAUGCAGAUGGAGAUGUAGUGAAUGAAGUAACUAUAACCAGUGAAGAUGUAACUCAAGACGAUGAUGAUCCACUUGAUGAUGAUCUGAAGAAAAUAAAGAACCAUACAAAUAAUAAAAAUAAAAAGAAAAAUGAAGAAAUAACUGAAAGAGUAACUAGGCUGAAAUCAAAUCAGCUUUCGAAUGGAACUUACUUAUUUAAAUUAGGGAAUGAAAAUACUUUCAAAAGUUAUGUCAAUCAAUAUACCACAAACCCUCUGGCAUUAAAUAAACCCCAAAGGAAUGAAGAAAGAGACAAAAAGCGGUACAUGUCGCACAAGUUUUCAUUAUCUUCAUCACAAGACUUCAAAUGGGUUGGAUUACUUAAUGCUACAAAACCUUUGUUAGUUGCAACACUAAGACAAACAUUACUGCAACUGGAAUCUAACAUUGUCGUGCAAUUUAUGCACCCGAAUUGGUCAUUGUUGAGAAAACCAUGGGUGCAGGCUGUGCAAUUGUGCCAAGCACCUAGGGAUUUUGCAAGAGCACUAUGUGUUUUGCAGGCAUGUAUUAAAAGUGUAGUAUGGGUCCCUGCAUGGCAUGAGCAACUUGGUCAUGUUAAACUUAUACGAACUACUGCGGCCGAACGUGAGGAGAGGAAAAAGCUUGAUAAGAGAGAGAAAAAAGAAAGAGAUGAGGAAGAAGAACGAUAUCGCACAGCCUACAAUUUUGUUAAAUAUUCACUGGGCCUUCGACAUCAGGCGUGGAAGCAAAAGGGAGAAGAGUACAGGAUUCAUGGACAGUGGGGAUGGCUAUGGAAUUCCGCUACUCGAAAAUUUAAGAAAUAUAAUGGAACUUCAAAGCCCACCCUGAGUAGCGGGCCAGCCAAGAUUGCUGUCAGGGUCAGAGAAGGCAGUGUCAUCAAAGUCCUUGCAGUGGAGCCAAAAACGUAUGAAUACUUGUCCAAUGAGUCUGCUGAUAAAGAAGUACUGGAAAAAUUGCCUGCAUCUAUGAGAAAUCUCAAAUUAGAAAAAGACAAUGAAGAUUUUGAAGAGAUUGACGUUGAGAAAGCUUUGAGCUCUUCAACCAGAAGGUAUUACCCCAAAAUAGCAAGAAAGUCUAAACUAGAUGAUUUCCUUGCACGCCGGACUUAUUUGAAGUUUAUGGAGGAAAAGAAAAUUGCUAAUUUAUUAGCUAAUGUUAAAAAAGAAGAGAUGGAUGUUAAAAAUGAAGAUGAUAAAAAUAUUGAUGUCGAGAAUGAUGAAUCAGAACCAGACGUGACAUCUAUUUGUGACCCAACAGAUGAUAAGAUUGAACUGAAGCAAAAACCAGUAACCCUGAGUGUGUCCAAGGAUGUUGAUUCUUUGAGGGAUCAGUACCAAAAUCUGACUCAGUUGACUAAGCACUAUAAAUGCUACUCAUCUGAAUGUACUAAAUUAAACUCCUCAACCUUGAUACAAUGCUCAGGUGUGAAAAUAAAUUGCUAUUCUCCUCUGUGUAUUAAAAAAGGAAAACUACUGAAUGAAUUGUUAGCUUUGAUAAGAAGUGGGGCAGUCAAUUCUACUGGCAUGUUUACAAAUUCUAAGGAGAAUACUAAAAUGUCUAUUUUAGAACAGUACUUACUAGGAAAAAGUUCUGUUCAAAAUAUAAACUCAAAUGAGAAUAUACUGUCAGACUUGCUAUCCGCAGUAGCGUGCGCCCAAGAAUGCGACAGUAAAAAUACUGACAGUUUCGUAAAAAGAAAGUUCAGUGGUGAGGAUGUUACUGUAAAGACUGAAAAAUAUGAUGACGCCCUUCUAAAAUCUGAGAGCACCCUCGAAGAGUCUGCUGUUCCAGCUGUAGGAAAUGAAAUGGACAUUGACAUAUCAUGUAAUAAUAUUGAUGACAACGAAGUUGAAAUAGGACCUCUCAAGGAAUUAACAGACGCUGACCAACAAGAAGAGGCGGAAAAUUCUUCAGUAGCUGAUAACGAAACUGAUAAAAGUAGGCCGCCAAUUCCCAAGCUUAAAAUAACGAGGGGCAGGUCAGCAAAAAUGGUGGCAAAUGCUACUGCAGUCAGUAACAAAGAGGGAUAUAAGUGUUCAGUAACCACUGCUAAAGAUGAAAAACCAAAAUACCGGGCGGCUGUCAACAGACGGUUUGGAUUAGCUAAACCAAAGAGAGAUGAUAAGUCCAUAAAGGAAGAAAAAACUGAAAAUGGUGUUGUAAGAGUAUAUUCUGCAGAGUGUCCUAGAGGCAAGCUGUACCUCAAAAGAGUGCAGACAUCAGCAGUCGAGAAAAAGAAGAAAAGGACCCCAGUGAAAUACCCCCUUUGUUCUUCAUUCCAUACUAGAAGUAAGGCAAAGACAAUCAUGGUUUUGCCUCACCAUGAGCUAAAGAAGCUAAGUAGGCAAGCAGGACAUAGUACAGUGACAGGAUUUAGUCACAGCGCGAAGCCUAACCAGACUGUGUGGCCUUAUCCCUGUGCGAGACCACUGUUCAAAACUUGUUGGUUAUAUCGCACAGUAAAUCUUCAAUGGUUAGCGAGUGCUGCGCUACAGUUGCGUAUCUUGUGGUCAUGUUUACGGUGGGAUGAUAUGUCUGCCAAGCCUGCUACCGCCGACGGCAAGCACCAGCUCACGACGGACACUGAAAUAGUAUCACUGGAGUUAUUAAAACAUCGCCAUGUUGGCCAAUUCUCUGAGCGAACGCAAUACCUUCGACGACGUGUUGUGAUACCUUUAGAAUUACCGAAGACGGUGCGUGAGGUUACAUCCAUUCGCAGCGGGUUAAGAAAAAGGAAACGUGCUGAAUCUCCCCAAAAUACUGAACCUCAGGUGACAGAAGAGUGGGUAGAUGAGGAUAAACUAGAGUUAUGGGAAGUACGGCAAUACGGUGAGCGAGCGGAGCGGGCCACUCCCGUCACGCGGACGUCUACCGGCAAGUUACCGCAGCGCAACUCUGCUCAGCCGCCGCCUAAUGCUGCAGAUAUCAAGGACAAAAUGGAACAGCAGUUACGUGAACAACGAGCUGCGCACCAACAAAAGCGAGCGCUCGAAAUGUCGCAAGAUAAAUCAAAGACGACUCCAAGUCAAUAUACUGGAAAAAGCACUCUCACUUCUUUGCUUACGAGUAAUGCUACUACACCUACCGGCCCGAAAACCGUAAUCGGCACUAGAAGAAUCAUCAUGACAAAAGGUGCCGAUGGUACUACACGGGUUAUUAGCCAACCGUUUGCGGGAACUCCGAAAACCAGUCAACCUGAUGGGGUUCCAACGGGGAAAACGCCAGUGGCGCCGCAGAAGGAAGGACCACAGAAAGUCCAAAUAAUUCGGGCGCCAGAUGGGAAAAUUACUGUUCGUGGAUUACUGGCUGGCCAACAACUGAUUCAAAUGCCGGAUGGGAAGCUGCACGUAGUAAUGGCAGGACAACAAGGAAUAACCGGGCAGCUGGUGGCGGCAUCGCCUUCGAAGCCCGCGGAGACGACCGAGCCCGCCGAGCGGCCGGUCGCGCCGGCGAAGGCCGUGGAGGAGCCCAAAGCGGCGGCGUCCCCGCGCGUAGCCGCCCAGCCCACGCAGAUCGUGCUGCAAGGCAACCGCCAGCUGAUGGUGCAGCCUCAGCAACAAGUGGUCGUCCAACCUACGCAGCAAGUCGUAGUCCAAUCUCCACAACAGGUGGUGGUGCAGGCGGGGGCGCGCGCGGCGCUGGCGCCGGGCGGCGUGCAGGCCGUGGUGGUGGCGGGGCAGCUGCUGCGGCCGCCGAGGGCCGCGCGCGCGCCGCCGCCGCGCGUGCGCGCCGCGGCGCAGCAGAUCGUCGUCAACAACCCCGCGCUCGUGCAGCAGAUCGCCGCCGGCAAGAUACAGCUCGCCACCGUCAACGGCCAGCAGGUGCUCAUUCGGCCCACCGGCAACAAUCAGGCGCAAAUCGUAGCGCACAUAGGCCAGAGCCCGAGCGUAGCGCCUGCGCCUGCGCCUACGCCGGUGCCCGUGCCCGCGCCUCCCGUCGCCCCCAUCCGCGCCGCCACGCCUAUUCAGCCGCAACUCACUGAAGACCAAAUUAUGGAAAAACGCCUUCUAGCGGGACAACCGCCUGGUACUGUGAUUAAAACUGUCACCGCCCAGGUGAUGCAAACGAGCAGUGGCCCUAGCAUCGUCCUGCAAGGCCUGCACGGGUACACUCUCACACCACAGCAGCUGGCCCUCGUCCAACACCAAGUCAAACAGCAGUUGCUGAAAGCGCAAGAGUCUACCGGCAAGCAAGGCAUGCUGGGCCCGCGGAAGAUGUACUUGGCGGUGCAGCCGCCGCCGUCGGCGCCGCCGCCGCUGGCGCCCGUGGCCGCGGCGCCCGCGCUGCACGCCGUGCAGGCGCUGCAGCCGCUCACCGUCCCCGCGCACCAGGAUGCUAACGAAGAAGAUGAUAUUAAACAACAACAACCUCUUGUAAACGGCGAGGAUGUUGUGGCAGAAGCAGCGAGUCAUAAAGAGGCAACUCCCGCCAAACCGGAGGACAUUCGGGAAAAUAGUACCAAGACAGACAUAGUUAACUCAGCCCAGGACGGACUACAAAGUAAUAAAUUCGUCCUCACCCCAGACUACAUACAACAAACAAUUAAGAGCGCCCUCAAACAAGAGAAUCUCAACCCCGAAAUAGAAGAGAAGCUAUUGCAGUUGCAGCGAUACCAGGAAAAGCAAAUGAGACCCGAAACCCGUGAAGUGAUAGAGCGGGAGCCUCGGGUAGUGGCCGUAUCGGCGCAAUCCCCGUCUCCGCCCCCGCGCCGCCGCGUGGUGUCGCGCCACGACGACGACGACGAGUGGAUCGACACGAGCCCGCGCAAGCGGCCGCGCCUGCUGCGCCAGCCGUCGCCGCCGCGCCCCGCGCCGCGCGCGCCGCCCGCGCCCCCGCCGCCGCCGCCCGCCGCGCCGCCGCCCCCGCCGCCGCUCUCCGCCGCCGACGAGCGCCGCCGGGCUGCCUCCACACACUCCCGCCUACAGAUGCUACUCUUCAAACAUAAAGAGAUGCUUAAGAAAGACAUUAUUAAAAAGAGAGGUCUACUCGAAAAGGAACUUGGUGUUGAAAUACAGAAGGAGCUAUCCGCCGAGUUAGCGCUGCGUACUCGGGCGGAGCGGACCAAGCAAGAAGAGGUACGUGGCGGAGGCGGAGGCACCGCUCCCAGCACCGGUAGCAAGCGACGCACCACAUCUAGUACUGCCCGUGACAAUACACCACGUGCGAACAAAAAGACUGGCAAGAAAGAAAAGCUGUUAUGUAUCUGUCGUACUCCUUAUGACAAUACUAAGUUCUAUGUGGGUUGUGAGCAUUGUAGUAACUGGUUCCACGGCAAUUGCGUCGGUGUUACCGAGGAAAUGAGCAAAACUAUGGAGGAGUAUGUGUGUCCUGACUGCCGGCGAGCUGAGGAGACCCAAGAACUAUACUGCCUCUGCCGUCAACCCUACGACAAUUCGCAAUUCUAUAUAUGCUGUGACCGAUGUCAGGAUUGGUUCCAUGGUCGAUGUGUUGGUAUUCUACAGUCGGAAGCUGACAAUAUUGACGAAUACAUCUGUCCUAACUGUCAAAAAAAUAACUCUGUUAACUUCGCAAACAUGAAAGAAUUGACAGCCAAAGACUUUGAAAAUCUAAGGAGACUUGUCAAACAAAUUCAGUUGCAUAAAAGCGCGUGGCCCUUCAUGGAACCUGUUGAUCCUAGAGAAGCUCCUACUUAUUACAAAGUCAUCAAGGAACCAAUGGAUUUGCAAACAGUGGAAAGAAAAGUGAAUGAACAAAGUUACAGUACGUUAAGUGAAUUCAUUGGUGAUAUGACAAAAAUAUUUGAUAAUUGUCGUUAUUUCAAUCCAAAAGACUCUGAAUUUUAUCGCUGUGCAGAAGGUUUAGAAGCAUUUUUUGCGCAAAAAAUAAAAUACUUUCGUGAGAAACUUUUUGAAACUACUCAAUGAUAAUAGUGCCAGUGUACAGUCUUAUGUUAAGAAUUGUGUUGAGUGGAAUUCGAAGAAUGGAAAAGACAAUUUAUAUGAAAAUCAUAUAAUUAUCUAUAUGUAUUAUUCCCUUGAUCUGUAACACCUGUAAAAUAUAAACAAUGUGAUGAAAUUGCAAAGAAUAAUUUAAUUUAAACUGUUUCUGAAGGUAUCUAUUGAGUAUGUCAGUUUCAUGUUUAGUAUUUAUUGUAUUUAUUACAAGCUUUACAUGCAUUGUCCCACUAGCUGAUGCUUGUAAGGCUCUUGACAGAAGAAGAAUAAUAAUUAUUAUAAAUAGUUUUGUGAAAUAUUAUGUUAGCUGAUAUGAAUUAGCAAGUUUAGUUAUCUUAGUAGUACUUAGAGUAAGUAAACCUAUUUGUAUGUAAGUAAUAAAUUUUUAUUAAUAUA